GGAGAAAACAGUGACACAGUUUUUGCUGCCCUCUUGUGGACACACGUCUCUGUGAAACUUGUUGCGAUCUGCACUGGCCGAUGGCUAGCAGUUAGCUAGCUAGCUAACAUUAGCCAGUCAGCAUCUAGCAGAAGUCGUAGCGCAGAGAAACUCGUGUUCCGUCCACAUACUAAUGACAGGGACACUAAACACACAACUAUGCGCCGGGAUAGAGACUGAUAUUUGGCUGGCUGCUGUUUUUUGUCUUUAUCGCCAACGCUCUGUGAAGCUAUCUCUGUUCUGAAAAAACUAAACUCUCGGCUAUGGAUCCAGAUCGGCAGAAACGAAGAGAGGAAAUUCAAAAAGCAAUGAGCUUUAUCCAGUCAUCGUUGCCCUUCCCAGAGCCAGAGAGCUAUGAGGCAUUUCUGACCCAGUUGGUGUGCAACUUGCUGGAUGAGGGCAACGCGUGCUUUCGAGAUGGGGACUGGCGCCAGGCGAGCCAGCAGUACGGGGAGGGGAUCAGUGUUGCCCGGUACGCUCAGGCCGAGGCCCUCAUCAUCCCCCAUGAGCUGCUGGAGAGCCUGUAUGUCAACCGGGCAGCUGCCUUUUACCAGACGAGGGAGUAUGAGCGAGGCAUCCAGGACUGUGAAAGUGCACUGUGUGUGUCAGAGGGCAGUCGUCGGGCUUUGUACCGCAAAGCACUCUGUCUGAGGGAGUUGGGACGACUAAGAGAGGCCUAUGAGUGUGGAACCAAAUGUCUCCUCACAGCACCGCACGACAGGCAGGUGAGUGAACUGGCCCAGGAUCUGGCCAAUAAACUGGGUCUGAAGGGCCGUAAGGCUUACGUCAGCCCACAGACAGAGUCCACAUCCACAGACGGGGAGGGCCAUGGGGAGUCUUCUGCACCCACAGGAGAGAUGUCCUCCAAUGGGCUGGAGUCUCUGGGUGACAUUGGACCAGCCGACCUGUCAAGUGCACAGUGCAUACCUGCUCCUUUGGCCACACCCAUCCCAGUCAGCGAUGACCCAGCAACCCCCGUGGUGAGCCCCUGCACUGACCUGUCAGAGAGCCCCAGCAGCCAGGCCCUGCCCCCCAUGCCGUACUCUGUCCCCGUGUCGGAGCACAUGGAGGAUUGCAGCAGCAGUGUCAUCAAGGAUGAGCUUGACAGUCUGCUGGAGUCUAUUCCCAAAAAAGUUAGUGAGAAUCCAGUCCAGGGUGCUAUCCCAACCAACCUCCCCAAUACAGCAGUGGGUCUCCGGCCUCCGUACUCUCCAAGCCUUCCGGCCCCGUCUCCUCAACUUCCCCCAGCCUUCUUCAGCACCUCCAUCAGUGACAUGCCACCUCUGGAUCCUUACUCGCCGCUGGGCCAGCGGGAUCAGGGCUCCACCCAGGCGCAGGACGCACUGGGAGGCUUCCCCACCGAUGGAGAAGGGAAGGGAGUCGCUGCUGGCGGGUUGGACUCAUUGUCUGAGUACACUCUCCCUGGGGGACGAGUGUGUCACAGCUUCAUCCCUGGAAUGCGCAACCACAGUGCUGCACAUGCAAAUGGUCCAGCAGGGACCAACCUGUCUCUGCUCUCCAGGAAUCCUCUGGCAGCCACACAUGAGUUUCGGCAGGCUUGUCAUGCCUGUUACAGCCGAAUAGGUCCACGAGUGAUGGACUACAAGUAUCAGCCAGAGGCAGCACACCGCUGCAAGAGGGAUGUGCUGCUGUGCCGCCUCAAAAACACAGAUGAUCCCACGUGGAAGAGGAUACGGCCACGGCCUGCACGUAACAACUUCCUGGGGGCAUUUGUACUCUGUAAAGAGGUGCAGGAGCGUCAGGAGUGCCAGUAUGGGGAGAACUGUACGUUUGCUUACUGCCAGGAGGAGAUUGAUGUGUGGACCCAGGAGAGGAAGGGUGCUCUGAGCCGAGAGCUGCUGUUCGAUCCGCUGGGCAGCACAGAGAGAAGGGCGCUCAGUGUCACCAGACUGCUGCAGCUCCACAUGGGCAUGUUCAUGUUCCUCUGUGAGGAAUGUUUUGACAGUAAGCCUCGCAUCAUCAGCAAACGCAGCAAAGAAAACUUAGCAGUGUGCUCAAACCUCACAGCUCGACACCCGUUCGACGACAACAAGUGCCUGGUGCACGUGGUGAGGUCAGCCAAUGUGCGCUACAGUAAGGUGCGCCCCCUGCACCCUCUCUGCCAGUUCGACGUUUGUCGCCAUGAGGUUCGCUACGGCUGCCAGCGUGAGGACAGCUGCUCCUUUGCUCACUCUGUUAUAGAGCUCAAAUGCUGGGUCCUACAGCAGGAUACUGGUAUCACCCAUGAAGAGAUGGUGCAGGAGUCCAAGAGACACUGGCAAAGGCUGGAGCAGAACGCACAGAAGCAGCAGAAGCCUAUUCACAUCCCACAUCCGAGCAGCAGCAUACCUGCAGGAGGAGUAGGGGGUAUGGGGGGCGGGGGUGGAGGACUGGGGGGAGACGGCAUCGGUGGGGGCGGUGUGAGUCCAGUGGGUGGGAUGGGGGUUGGGGGGUUGGGAGCGAUGGCUGGAAGAGGACGCCCACUUAACCUGAAAAUGAAGUUUGUGUGCGGUCAGUGCUGGAGAGAAGGACAGGUCAACGAGCCCGACAAGAACCUCAAGUACUGCACCGCUAAAGCACGGCACAGCUGGACGAAGGAGCGUCGGGUCCUGCUGGUGAAAUCAUUUGAGAAGAAGAAGUGGGUUGUUGUUCGGCCUCUGCCCUUCUCCCGCACCUAUCCACAGCAAUACGACAUGUGCGUGCAUGUGAUGAAGCAGAAGAAGUGCCACUAUAUCGGGAAUUGCUCAUUUGCUCACAGUCUGGAGGAGAGGGACGUCUGGACGUACAUGAAGAACAACAGCUUGAGAGACAUGCAACAGAUGUACGAACUGUGGCUGCAGCUCACUAAUCAGAGUAGACGCACAGAUAGCUCUGCUGUGACCCCGCCCCCAGAGGACAAGCAGGUCACCAUAACAGCAGAUUACACCGAAAGCAUGGGAGGCCAGCGGAUGUCAGAUGGGGACGAUCUCUGAGUGCAUGGAGGCAGCCGAUCGCCGCUGAGCUGCAGACGUUGAGAGAAACAGGCCUGCCAUACCAGCGACGACCGAAUAGUCUGUCAUCUCACCGGUCUGACCUCCUCUAGCGUCUAGCCAGCAGUUUGAGAGCAGAUUGGCAGCAACGAAACGGUUGACCCCAUCACCAUUUACAUAAAUACACACAUACACAUACACAUGCAAACCCAUUCAUACAGGACAUAAUACACAAAUCACAGGCACUGAUCAACACAAAGAGAAAGAUUUGUAAGUGACAAUACAGGAUUUGGCUUUAGAGUCAGGCUGCAGUUACACACAGCACCUUUAGCUUCCCCCUCAGCAGAUUAUACUGCAGAAAUUCCACAGACAACUAGUUUUGCUCUGACUAAAAUAUACACCUAGUAUUCCCUAGUGCUCUUUGAACUGAGUUUCUCUUUUUUCUUUUUCUUUUUUUCUUUUUUAAUUCCUCGCAGCACUGACACAAUUCUUGGGUGGGCGCGCUGGUCGUAGCUCUUACAUUUUGCUUGGUGAUAGAUCCGAACUGAAUUGAAGCUUGGCACUCACAUGUUUUAAAGUUUGAAUUAGAACUUUGGAGUGCCAAAAAUACCAAGCCCUCAGUGCUGUUGAUGGUUUACUAGACUGAAGAAACUAUGAAGAACUGUGGAUCUUGGUGGAUACAACCAAACUCCACUCUACUUCCUUCACGAUAAUAGAGCAAGAGGGUCAAAGUAACUUUCAGGAGAUUAAUGAUUUUGAGCAUUUCUUUUUCCAAGGGGAGUUGUGCUUCCUUGUUAUAUUGUCUGCCAUAUUGGUAGAAUGCUAUGAAUGUAAUGCCUGCACGGGCCUUUAAAACUAGGAGAUUAGUCAUUUAAAAUGUUGCUGUGGUUGUGGAAUGUAAUGCAAGUAUAUUUACAAGCCCAAAAACCAACUUGUGUAACGCGACAGUUCCCCCCUUAUCAAUAUGAAAAAAAAGAAAGCUGGUUAUGCAAUCAUACCAGCCGAUCCUGCAUGGGACGAGCACAGGCAUGCGCACACACUCACAUAUUAACCUUGUAGUUUCUGUCAAGGUGAAUCAAGGCGUGUGUGAGUGUCAGCUCCUCGCGAUUGACACAAACGGAGGACAAGAAAGGUAAAGUGAUCACCUGUGGCUGAAGUAUACAUGGCUAAUGGCUCAGAGCAAUUGUUGCCAAAACGACUGAUCACAUCAUGUAUUUCAAACUGUAUUGCAAGGCCGCUGGCGGAGAAGUGACUGCAGAACACAGAUUCCUGGCUAGAGCUGCUCGCAGCAUUAGGUCAGUUCAGACUGCAGAUGCCCAUUAAUAAAUAAUGACCUCACUUGGACUGAAGAACAGUGAAAAUACUGAUCAUGCAGAAGUCUUCAGUUGAGAGUUUUGUAAUUAUUAAAGGAAAAUAAGAUGUGCAGAUGAUAGAUAAUUUAAAGAGUGAGAAGCGUAGAGGAACUGUUUUAUGCAAGAAUUGAAGAUCAUUAUUAAGAAUGUAUUUUUCUAUAGUUUAUUGUGAGAAUAUUUAAGAUAAUUUGAAAGUAAGGGCAAGUUGCCACUUCUUCAGUUGAACUGGGGUCAUUAUUUCACUGAAAAACCAACCAUGCCCCCGCAGCCUUCAAAUGGAAACCUGUGUUCCUCAUUUGUAUCCAAGUGUUCUCUUCCUCAAAGCUAACGGUAGCCCCUAAAACUAACUCUUUCAUUACGGGACACCUGCUAGCUUUAGACAGGGAAACGAUUCGCACCACAUAUUGUGCCUAUAAACACAUCAACAUGUGACACGAACACACAUGCACACACACACACACGCAGAGGCAGGAUAUCUGUUGCCACCUUAUUCUAGCCUUUAAUGUAGACUGAGACACUAUGGAGGAAUGUCUAUAUUCAGAUGCAUAUACACACAUAUUAUACAUAUUUACAAAUAAUGGUAUACUACUAAUGAUAAUUGAUAACUUAGCGGUUAAGCUUAAUAAAUAUAUAACCUGAAAACCUGUAUUGAUUACAUAGAAGAACUUCUUGUUAUUGAGGUAUUGCUAUAUGACAUGUAUCGCUGAACUAGAUGACUAUAGUGAUUUUUUUUUUUUUUUUUUUUAAAUGAUUCUUUUUAUUUUGUAAUUUUUCCUUCUGUGUGGGUUGUUCCAGACAGGGCUGUAUGCAGAUAAGAUUGAUUUAAGUUUCAGGCUGAGUGUGUCAAAAUGGAUAACUGAGGGUUCAAUCUUUACUCGGAGAGCAGAGGUCUAGGGCUAAUCAAAUAAAUUACCCUUUUUUUUCUUUAUUCACAAGUGCAGCAACCAAACUGGAUGCAUAGGAUAUGAAUAUGUUGCUGUUCUUCAGUGUGUAGAAUACAAUUCAGAGGAGCUGCUCUUUAUAUUUCAACCAUUCAUCUAAUUCCUGCCCAGACUGACCUCAGCUCAAUGUAUAAAAUCAAUUAAUGGAUUGAACCCAAAAUACCGAAGAACAUUAAAGUCCAUUGGAGUAAAGUGUGGGUUUGGAUCAGCGGAUAAAGGGGAAAAAUUGUGUCCUAAUUAUCCAGCUCCUAAAACCUGACAGGUGAACAGCCUGGGUUAAGUUGAAAACACAGCUCUCAGGUCUGCUUCGCUGGUCACUCAGCAGCCAUUUUGGGGAUUAUUGAUAAAGAGCCCUCAUCUGGAACAGCCCAGUAUUAGCUUCUUUGAGGGAUCGUAUUACUACUACUCCUAGUAUUAUGAUGAAUAUGAUGACGAUAAUGAUUGCUAUCUAUUGACUAUUUCUAUUUCUUCUCUAUAUGCUAUUGAUAUAUGUAUGUUAAUUGCAAUGUAUAACUCUCUUUAUAUAUGUAUCCAUGUAUGAAUAUAAUAAUUGACAGUAAAUAUGCGCCUGUGUAUGCAGCCGUGCACAGCUCUGUCUGGGUGGCAGUGAGCAGAAAACGUGCAGCUUCUGAUAGUUCAUGUAAGACGCUUGAGUUUUUAAUCCUACAGGUGGUGAUGUCAGCUAUCACAGCUGUAGGCUCUGUAGUACAAGCGAUUUUACGCAGUACGAUUUAGACCUGCUAUAUAUUAAUGUCGUCUGAGCUCUGUUUGUCGGCUUUAGGAUUAUUUGGGAGAUUAGAAGAUAGUUGAUGUGUUAAAGUUUACAGUACAUAUACUGUAAACUGGCUGUCUCCCUGUAUGAAGUGUUGAUCCUACCAACAGAGCUCGCUGCUCACUGCCUGUGCUGUGCGUUUUUGUUUAAAUUGAUUUACCAGGCUAAGACAGAUCUGGAAGCAAAAGCAUACAUAGUAGCCUAUAUACUCCCGUAUAGCGCCUUAUUCGAUAUACUACACCUAUAAGAUGAUACAUACCCCUAUUGUAUAAUCCUGCUUACUAUAUACAGUAUAUGAUACCUGAUACCUAUUAUAAUAUUUAGACACCCUUAUAAGAUAAUUUAGAUAAGAGAUGGUGGAGCUGUUUUUUUCUGUGGCUGUGGCAGAGUUUGCUGUGGUCAGUUGUGUAUUCCCAUCUUGUUUUUCAGGGUGUUAGGAGAGUGCCACACACUCAAAUGCUCUUUAUCAUUCGAUUGUUUGCAAAGCAUCUGGGGGGGAAAGUCAACAUCAGCCACUUGCAGAAAGCUUGUUAAAAUGAAUUUUGGCUGACAAAGCUAAAGCUUGUAAAAAGCUUGGUUGAAUUGCUGCCACUAAAGACAGUGAAUUAAAGUAGAGCAUUUGAGGGGAGGCUCCUCUUCCGUUGUUGAACGGCCAGUAUUGAUGAUAUGACUGACACGCACAGAAAACAAAAGAGAACGGUGGAUAGCUGUGCUGCAUGUUCUGUGUGUGUGUUGUUAAAGGCAGGCAAAUCAUGACACAAACUAAAAGGAGAGACAGGUUUCUGCUGCUUCAUCUGUACAUGCAUCAAGUGUCACAUAGUCACUUCAUUGCAAUGAUCUCAUAAAAACUUUGCACAUUUUGAAGAUGAAGACACUAGACUGAGUCCCCAAUUUCGAUUGGCAGAGGACUUGAACCCUGGUGGCAAAUCACUGUUUGAUUCUUGAUGUGAUAAAAUAAUUUAAAAAUAUAAUAAAUCAUGUUGCAUUGAUAACAGUUGUCAUCAGAUGUGGAAGAAAUUCAGCAUUGCAUUGCCUGAUUUUAGUUACAUCUUGUAACCAACCACAUUAAUGCGCAAAAUUUACGGUUUGUUAAAAGACUAAGGGAAUCUUAGAUCAUGGUCCAAAUGACAUCACUGUUCUCCUUGAAUGGUUAUUAUCAUAUACUUAUUUGUCUUGGCUUUGGUCUUUAUCUCAAAGUGUCCGAGCCACUCAGGUGGGCUGCAGUAGAAAGUAAACCAUGUAUAGACUUUCCAUCAUGUUUCCUAAAAGUCACCUGACAUAAAGAUUACCUGCUCUCUGAUAAGAGUGGUGUUUGUCUUAAUCUAACUGGAGUCUGGCCCUUACACUCUGCAGCAGUUUAAAUUAAGAUUAAAUGACACGGUUCUUAGUUAUAAGACAUGUUUGUCAGCUCAAAUGUUCAUGUGACACACCCUGCCUUUUCUCCUCCUGAUACGGUUUGUGUCAUUUGAUUCCCAGUGCCAGCACACACCUACACAGCCACACAAAAAUCUUAAUUUAUCGAUUUACAAUCAGUUAGAAAUUAUUGGUAAUUUGACUUGUUUGCAACAACUCGGAUGAAGACACCAGGGUUGUAAGAAGUGGAAAAAACAAGGCCUCUUUUUGUACUGUAUUUUUACAUUUCGUUGUUUAUGCUUUGUUUUUAACUUCUUGACUUUGUUUUCUCUUUUCUCCUCCCUGGUUGGAAAGUUCAUGAUCACACAAGUGGACCAAAUCUCUUGAAAGCAUUUAAUAAACGGACUGUUUUAGAAAAAUGUGUCAUGUAUUAAUCGACGCUCACAAUUCACAUUGUGAUCCCAGGACCCUGACGUGAUGUGUUGCCAA